AUGCCAAAAAGGAAGCGUGACCUAACGCCCUUGCCAAGCAGGCCUACCAAGCGGAAUGAUGGCGCUCCUCCGGCUCAAGGCCAACCAGAAGCUAGCGAGACCACAGGCCACUUGCCACUGUCAUUAUCUAACGAACAGUUGCAACAGGUGUCGCAAGCAGUGGCAGAUAUUCUGAGCAGCAAUUACCUUGCUUUAACACCAAGUUAUGAUAACGAUUUAGGCCACAGAGUGCCAAAUAGAUUAAAACUUAAAAUUGUAAAUGGCGACUACAUCAAUUUGGGCCUGUUGCUCGAAAAUUCACAUGGGGUUGACCCAAAGGACGAGACAAAAUACUUUUCUAUGAAAGAGGGUAACCUCACCUUGGCCCCAAAAACUAAAGCAAAGGUAAUUAACGGCAUUCAAGUGUGGACAGAUGGUUUUCUCAUUUAUGCAUCCAUAUAUGCCUCAGCCCACGCCGAGAGCAGGGUUCAAUUAUUUAAAUAUAUUCAUACUAUUAGGUUGGGGGCAAGUAGGGUAAAGACACUCGGGUGGCGUGACUAUGAUAUUCAGUUUAGGCUGAAGAAGAAGGCUAACCCAUCCCUCUCAUUUGCUAUUGUUAAACAGGAGCUAUGGCUCUUGUACAUGUACAGUGCUCCCAGCACCCAGAUUUCCUCGCCUCAGGCCUCCAUUCUUAAGUGUUAUGAAUUUAAUUACAAGGGUCUAUGUCAUAAACUCGCAUGUCAAUACAAACACGAAUGCAUGAUAUGUUCACAAAACCAUCCCUAUAUUAAACACAAGACAUCCUCAGGCUCUAGUUUAAAUUUUAGGUCUGGUGGUCUGCAAGCAACAUGGCGGCCUCAGCUACCCAGGAGACCCAUAGCACCAAGCUCAGCUAUUAGAGUUCCUUAUACCCAGUCAGCUAGACCUCAGUAAUAUUGCAGCAAGCCCUAUUAAUGUGCCCAAAUUAAGUGAAUUAUUGGUAAAUUACCCACUUGGCUUGGUGACCUUAGAACUCUUGCAGGGAUUUACAUAUGGUUUUAGGUUGUGUUGUGAAGGGCCUCGAGUGGCCACCGAUUGUAAUAAUCUUAAAUCCAUGUCUGGUUUACAGUUUGAAGCCAUUCAAUUAGUUAUUAAUGAGAUCAUGUCAGGCAGAGUUGCAGGUCCAUUUGAUCCCCCCCCCCCGCCGAAUCUUAGGUUGUCCCCAGUGGGUAUGGUACAAAAGAAGGGGGGUUCUUACAGAUUGAUUCAUCACUUGUCUUAACCCCCCCCCCCCGGUCCAGCGUCAAUGAUUUUAUUAGUAAGGAGCAUUAGUCGGUUAAGUACUCGUCAUUUGAUGACGCAUUAGACAUGCUUGCAAAAUUGGGUCCAGGUGCACUAAUUGCUCGAUUAGAUAUAAAAAAUGUAUUUAGGCUAUUGCCGGUUCACAAAUCUGAUUAUCAAUCAUUAGGCUUCAAAAUUCAGGGUAUGAUAUUUGUGGAUAAGCGCUUGCCUUUUGGGUGUUCUCUGAGCUGUUCCAAGUUUGAAAAAUUUUCUACCUUUAUAGAAUGGGUACUUAAG